AUGGGGCCGGGAAAUGAACAUAACAUCACCGUUGAGAAUAUCACGAAAUCAUCUAUUCUAGCAGAGAUGGUCCGCUUGAAUCGCAUCCUUCUGCAAAUCAAUCAGUUCAAUAUCAGAGCAUCGGAAAACAAUCUCGACUCCCAGUCGAUAAUGAAUGAUGUCGAGGAUUUAUCCCAACAACUCGACAUUUGGUUUGAAGAGCUCCCUGAUCACAUGAUGGAUACUCGAGAAAACCUCACUCGUUACUCUGAACAAGGGCUAGGUCGACUUCUCGUUGCUCUGUACCUAGGGUACUAUAACUAUGGUCAAAUGCUUUUCUAUCGAUUCUUACACGAAGACUCGCGGACCUUCGACAGUCGCACGCGUUACUAUGCGAACAAGUGUAAGUAUCACGCGAGUAAGUUGUGCGAGAUAGUCUACGCUUCGGAGGAGGUCCCGGGCUGUGAUGCCAAAUACAAUAUGGUGGGGCAUGUGUUGAUGAUUGCCUCAACAAUACAAAUCCACACACUGUUAUUUGAAGAGAACGAGGACAUUGUGGCAAUCGCAAGAAAGCGCUUGGAGAAGAAUUUUUGUAUUCUGACCCAUUUGGUGAGCCUCUGGCCUACCCUGGACGUUUGUAUGGAUCGUCUUAUGACUUUCCACGCAUCCUGCAGAGAGUCUGCGGAAACAAGCUUCUGUAUGGAUCAAUGGAUGGUGCAAUUUUUGGUCGAGUUUGCGAAGCCAGUGAGUGGGAAGGAUCCUGAGACCCAGCAUAAGAGCUCAUGGUCCCUAUCUAGUAUGGGCAUUGUUCAUUAG